AGUUUGAAAUCGUCGCUCGCUGAAUUCACUUCGCAUCCAAGCCGACCCGCACGCCACGCGGCCGUCGCGCAACUAACGACCAACGACCGUCGAACUCGAGCUCGACGUUCAAGUUGAAGUUGAAGCAAAACGCAAACGAAAAUUACACACAAAAAUAAAAAGAAAAUUUACCGCUUGCCUCGCACCUGUGUGUCGAAGUUCUUCGCUUGUUGUUCUUGUGUCCUGUCAUUUUUGUGUUGUCGCGUCCAUCGCGUGUGUCUUUCAAUUGAAUUCGUGCAACAAGAAAUUUCGCCACACAAAUUGCAAACCAAAAUCAAUUUUAAAUAUUGUGAAAUUGCAUUGUUUACAGAAGCGGCAAAAGCGGCACAAGCAGGCAUAAGACAAGUGCCGAAAGUGUUUAGACAUCGAAAAUGUGCUACGAAUAGCAAAAGCAUAACAAAGAAAUCAAAAAUAUUCAAAAAGAAGCAAUCGAAAGAAGAAAUUCUGAUAAAAUGUUGGCGCUCAGCCCAGUUGAAAGUGCAGUGGAAAAGUGCUGAAAGAGUUGCUAUUGAACCACGACAAGGGCUCCUCUGAAGGAGCUGACUACCUUCUGCUCCCUCUUCUCGCUCCUCUUUUCGGUCCUCCUCUCACCUCUCGUCUCGUCUAUUUCGUCUCUGUCUCUGUUUGCGAGUGUCGGCUUUCCGGGCCCCACCAAAAGCCGCCAAAAUUAAGUUCUCAAAGCAGAGCCAGCUCCACGCAUACCGGCACACGGACAGCCUCUACGACGGUGGCACCGACACCGACGACGACGAAUGUCCUUUGGAGUCGACCACUAUGAAUCCCUACGAGUUUGAGUCAACGCUCGACUGUCGCGACACGGGCGGCGGACCCUGCCCCGGCACCCUGCCCAUGACCGGACGUCACGCCCCCUCCGGUGGCGCACCUGUGCACAGCCAAACGCUCCAGCACCAGCAGCAGCAAAACCAACAGAAUUUACAAGCCGCAGCCGCAGCAGCCGCCGCCGCCGCUGCAGCCGCUCAGCAGUCCUCGCACUACGACUACGAGUAUCAACAUUUGCCGCAUCGUCCACCGGAUACCACAGCCAACUCCACGGCACAGCGCACACACGGCAGACAAGGCUUUCUCCUGGAGGGAGUCACGCCCACAGCACCACCGGAUGUUCCGCCACGUAAUCCGACAAUGAGUCGUAUGAAUAAUACUCGUUUAAUUGCCGGCGCUGUUGCUAACAAUCCCAAUGAUCUGAACGUUGACUUUGAGCCAUCGUGUUUGGUGCGGACGCCAUCGGGCAACGUUUACAUUCCUAGUGGAAAUCUAAAUAUCAACAAGGGCUCACCCAUCGACUACAAAAGCGGAUCAGCCUGUUCCACACCCACAAAAGACACGCUGAAGGGCGGCUACGAGCGCAGCACGCAAGGCUGCAUGGGCCCGGUGCUGCCGCCAAGGAGCAUGAACGGGAUGCCUACGCACCAUUAUUCGGCGCCGAUGAACUAUCGCAAGGAUCUGGCCGAGCGCUGCUCAGCCCAAUGCAACUGGGCUAGCAUCGUCGCGUUAGCGGUCCUGGGUGUAAUUGUUCUCUUGAUAGUCGGGCUAACGUGCUCCGGUACUCUGCGCUGGUCGCCGUCGGCGCCAUGCCCAGUUCUAGUCGGCAACGAGGUCUCUGAGGUGACGGCUGCCAAGAGCACCAACACUGAUUUAUCCAAGCUGCACAAUGCAUCGGUACGCGCGAAAAAUGGUCAAGGCAUAGGAAUCGUACAGGGACAGGCUGGAGGGGGAAGUGCAACGGCGACCGUCACAGCGGCCACAUCGAAUAGCGGGACUGCUCAAGGAUUACAGUCGACAUCCACCUCGGCAGAGGCCACCUCUUCGGCAGCGGCGGCCACUGCAACGUCCUCCUCGUCUUCGUCGCUUACGCCUUCGACUUCCCUAUCCUCAUCCUUGGCAAAUGCCAAUAAUGGAGGCACGGGAGCAGUGUCAACACGGCUGUCUGUCAAUAAGGCUGGAAACAAACGACACCGCAAUGAAAGAAGCUUAAUGGAGUGGCAGGGGGUGCGGAAUGAUGAUGAUGAUUUAGCUGCAGAAACUUUUAGCGACUUAAUUACAAGAGCAACUGGAGUUCAGGCACAAAAGUAUUUGGCUUUGACAGCGAUGCCAGCAUCGCAAUAUUCCAGCAUGCAGCGGCCCGGGGAGCCAACUGUCAUCGCUUUGGAUGCCCAGCAAAGCAAUUACGAUAAAACUUUGCACAAAACCGAUAAAAUAUUGAAACUUGAGCAGAGCCAAGGUGAUGCCUUUGUAGACGACGACAUCAGCGACUAUGAGUAUGAAGAUGAAAGCGAAGAUGAGCCCAAGAAGGAGACAACAGUGCGGCCAGUGCCUAAGACUAGGCAACGAUUUAGCAAAUCAUUAAACGGCGAUUUGCGUAAAGCAGGUAAAACACUUGCCAAACCCCAACGGAAGUUUCAGCUUGCUGAGACUGCCGAUACCAUCGACAUCGAGUCAGAUACUGAGGGAAGCAGUGUUGCUUCUGUUAUUGAUGACUAUAAUCAAACUGACAGCACCAUCAGCAGAAGCACGGAGGGCUCAGCGCUGACAACGACGUCAGUAAGUGACAACGAUGACGUUGUUGAAAUCGACACCACCGAAAAGAAGGAGAGGAUGUCCUCAGCCGUCUACAUUAUUGAAAAUGAUUUUCAAAUCAAACAUAAUACAGAACCACAAGCUGCAGCUGAAGUUGAAGCGAAGCAGAAAUCUGAUGUUAACGAUAACAAUAAUGAGCGUGAUUUACUGGAUAACUACGAGGAGAACAGCAAUACGGGGCAGCCACCCCCACAAAGUAUAAAUCAAACGGUGUCCGAUGUAAUGCUGAGCGAUGCAGCACUUUUAGAUAAUGACGAUAUCGAUAUAGUCAAAUUAGACGAAACGCCCGCCUCCAAUGAAGUUAACCUUUACAAGACGGCUGAGCAACCCAGACAAAGCCCGCCGCAGCCUCCGCCAGCGAGUGAAAAUGAGGUAUUCAAAGAUCAAGACAAUGUUUUACCGGCACGAUUAACACCACUGAAGCCGUAUGUCAGUGAGCGCAUUGAUCGGCCCAGCAAGCGUAUUUUGGUAAAUCUGACUAUCGCCACAGAUGGCGACAGCUCUUCCGUCUAUACGCUUCAUGUGGCUGUGCCGACCGGCGACGGGCCCCAGAACGUGGAGCAGGUACUGACCCACGAAAAAUUGGCUGGCGGGAAUAACAAUAAUAUGGACCAUGGGGGCUCCUGUGUGUUUGAGCCGCCGCCACGUAUGCCCGAUUGCCCCUGCAGUUGCCUGCCCCCUGAGCCACUAAUUUUCGCGGACAACGACGAGAACCCGGUUGACAUUGACUCUGCCAUCCCAACGACACCGACACCGACACCGACACCGCAUGCAGAGGAAGCUACUAUCUUAAGCCAUCUCAAUGAGUCGAGUGAUAGCGAGAAGGAAUAUCUGUCUGACCUCACCGUUACUAACCCUCCUACCACUGACACCAAUAACAGCAUUGCCGCUUCUGAAACUAGUUCCGAUGUUCGUGAAGGUGAAAAGUUUGCAUGCCCCGAUGUUAUGCCUAUACUCAUACUGGAAGGUGCUCGCACGUUCCCGGCGCGAAGCUUUCCGCCAGAUGGCACUACCUUUGGCCAAAUAACGUUGGGUCAAAAGCUAACAAAGGAAAUCCAACCGUACAGCUAUUGGAAUAUGCAAUUUUAUCAAUCAGAGCCGGCUUACGUUAAAUUCGACUACACCAUUCCAAGGGGUGCAUCCAUCGGGGUUUACGGGCGUCGUAACGCGCUACCCACGCACACUCAGUACCAUUUCAAAGAGGUUCUUAGUGGCUUUAGCGCCAGUACACGCACCUCCAGGGCAGCACAUCUUUCCAUAACUCGGGAGGUGACACGUUAUAUGGAGCCAGGGCACUGGUUCGUCUCGCUCUACAACGACGACGGGGAUGUACAGGAGUUGACUUUCUAUGCAGCCAUAGCAGAAGACAUGACGCAGAACUGCCCGAACGGGUGCUCCGGAAAUGGGCAAUGCCUACUGGGACAUUGCCAAUGCAAUCCUGGCUUCGGAGGCGACGAUUGCAGUGAGAGCGUCUGCCCUGUGCUGUGCUCGCAGCAUGGCGAGUACAUCAAUGGCGAAUGCAUUUGCAAUCCGGGCUGGAAGGGCAAGGAGUGCUCGCUGCGCCACGACGAGUGCGAGGUGGCCGACUGCAAUGGGCAUGGGCAUUGCGUUAGUGGCAAAUGCCAGUGCAUGCGCGGCUACAAGGGCAAAUUUUGCGAAGAAGUGGACUGCCCACAUCCCAACUGCUCAGGACACGGCUUCUGCGCUGACGGCACCUGCAUCUGCAAAAAAGGCUGGAAGGGCACUGACUGUGCCACCAUGGACCAAGACGCACUGCAAUGCCUGCCCGACUGCUCGGGUCAUGGUAACUUUGAUCUGGACACCCAAACCUGUACAUGCGAGACCAAGUGGAGUGGCGACGACUGCUCCAAGGAGCUGUGCGACCUCGACUGUGGCCAGCACGGUCGUUGCGAGGGCGACGCCUGCGCCUGCGAUCCGGAAUGGGGCGGCGAUUACUGCAACACGAAGCUGUGCGAUAGUCGCUGCAACGAGCAUGGUCAGUGCAAGAACGGAACGUGCCUGUGCGUAACUGGCUGGAAUGGCAAACACUGCACCAUCGAGGGCUGUCCCAACAGCUGUGCAGGCCAUGGCCAGUGUCGGGUGAGCGGCGAGGGUCAGUGGGAAUGCCGCUGCUACGAAGGCUGGGACGGACCAGACUGUGGUAUAGCACUGGAGCUCAACUGCGGCGAUAGCAAGGACAAUGAUAAGGAUGGCCUGGUUGACUGCGAAGAUCCGGAGUGCUGCGCGAGCCACGUGUGUAAGACAUCCCAGCUCUGUGUAUCGGCACCGAAGCCCAUCGAUGUUCUCCUGAGGAAACAACCGCCGGCAAUUACAGCCUCAUUCUUUGAACGCAUGAAGUUCCUGAUCGACGAAAGCAGCCUGCAGAAUUAUGCCAAGCUGGAGACAUUCAAUGAGAGCAUUUUUUGGAAUUAUUUCAAUGCAAGCCGUUCAGCAGUAAUCCGUGGACGAGUUGUCACCUCCCUGGGCAUGGGGCUGGUGGGCGUGCGCGUGUCCACAACUACACUAUUGGAAGGUUUUACACUCACUCGCGAUGAUGGAUGGUUUGAUCUAAUGGUCAAUGGUGGAGGCGCCGUGACUUUGCAGUUCGGACGCGCUCCGUUCCGGCCACAGUCACGCAUUGUGCAGGUUCCAUGGAACGAGGUCGUCAUUAUCGACGUGAUGGUGAUGAGCAUGUCCGAGGAGAAGGGUGUGGCAAUGGCAACGACGCACACUUGCUUCUCACACGACUAUGAUCAAAUGAAGCCGGUGGUUCUGGCCUCAUGGAAGCACGGCUUCCAGGGCGCCUGUCCAGAUCGCAGUGCCAUACUGGCCGAGUCGCAGGUCAUUCAGGAAUCCUUGCAAAUACCUGGCACGGGCCUCAAUCUAGUUUAUCACUCCUCUCGCGCUGCGGGCUAUUUAUCGACUAUUAAACUCCAACUGACGCCCGACACGAUACCAGCUUCGCUGCAUCUCAUUCACUUGCGCAUUACUAUUGAGGGAAUUCUGUUCGAGCGCGUUUUUGAGGCUGACCCGGGCAUCAAGUUCACGUACGCCUGGAACCGCCUAAACAUAUAUAGGCAGCGUGUGUAUGGUGUCACGACAGCCGUGGUCAAAGUGGGUUACCAAUAUACCGACUGCAAGGACAUCGUAUGGGAUAUACAGACCACCAAACUGAGUGGGCAUGACAUGUCCAUCUCAGAGGUGGGCGGCUGGAAUCUGGACAUCCACCAUCGUUACAACUUCCACGAAGGAAUUCUUCAGAAGGGCGAUGGCUCCAACAUCUAUCUGCGCAACAAGCCUCGUAUUAUUCUCACUACAAUGGGCGAUGGCCAUCAGCGACCCCUCGAGUGCCAGGACUGCGAUGGCUUGGCUAUGAAGCAGCGCCUGCUUGCUCCAGUUGCCUUAGCUGCCGCUCCAGAUGGAAGUCUCUUUGUUGGAGAUUUCAACUAUAUUCGCCGAAUAAUGACCGACGGUAGCAUUCGCACAGUUGUUAAGCUGAACGCCACACGCGUCUCAUAUCGUUAUCACAUGGCCCUCAGUCCGCUUGAUGGCACACUUUACGUGUCCGAUCCAGAGUCCCAUCAAAUUAUACGAGUGCGCGACAUCAGUGACUAUUCACAGCCGGAACAGAACUGGGAAGCGGUUGUGGGUUCUGGGGAACGCUGCUUACCCGGUGAUGAGGCGCACUGCGGAGACGGCGCUCUCGCCAAAGACGCAAAACUGGCCUAUCCCAAAGGCAUUGCCAUCUCCAGUGACAAUAUCCUUUACUUUGCGGACGGCACCAACAUCCGCAUGGUGGAUCGGGAUGGCAUCGUAAGCACACUGAUCGGCAACCACAUGCACAAGUCCCACUGGAAACCGAUUCCGUGUGAGGGCACCCUGAAACUGGAAGAAAUGCACUUGCGCUGGCCAACUGAGCUCGCUGUGUCGCCAAUGGACAACACGCUACAUAUCAUUGACGACCACAUGAUUCUACGGAUGACACCGGACGGACGUGUGCGUGUUAUAUCGGGACGUCCUCUGCAUUGCGCUACAGCCACCACAGCAUACGAUACCGACCUGGCCACGCAUGCUACUUUGGUUAUGCCGCAAUCCAUUGCCUUUGCACCACUGGGCGAACUGUUUGUUGCAGAAAGCGACUCCCAGCGCAUUAAUCGCGUGCGCGUUAUUGGCACGGAUGGUCGUAUCUCAUCGUUUGCGGGAGCUGAGUCCAAGUGCAAUUGCCUAGAGCGUGGCUGCGAUUGCUUCGAGGCGGAUCACUAUCUGGCCACCAGUGCUAAGUUUAACACCAUCGCAGCCUUAUCGGUUACCCCCGACGGACACGUGCACAUUGCCGAUCAGGCUAACUACCGAAUACGCUCCGUAAUGUCAAGCAUUCCUGAGGCGAGUCCAUCCCGAGAGUACGAGAUUUAUGCGCCAGAUAUGCAGGAGAUAUACAUCUUUAACCGAUUUGGUCAGCACGUCUCCACUCGUAACAUUUUAACUGGAGAAACCACUUACGUAUUCACCUACAAUGUCAACACGUCGAAUGGAAAGCUGAGUACCGUAACGGAUGCAGCUGGCAACAAGGUCUUCCUCUUGCGUGACUACACUUCCCAAGUGAAUUCGAUUGAAAAUACCAAGGGUCAGAAAUGCCGCCUCCGCAUGACUCGCAUGAAAAUGCUGCACGAACUGAGCACUCCGGACAACUACAACGUCACCUACGAGUACCACGGACCUACGGGAUUGUUGAAAACAAAGCUUGACUCGACAGGACGCUCUUAUGUCUAUAACUAUGAUGAGUUUGGACGUCUGACUUCUGCCGUAACACCGACUGGUAGAGUCAUUGAACUGAACUUCGAUUUGAGCGUGAAGGGAGCCCAAGUGAAAGUCUCGGAGAAUGCACAGAAGGAGAUAUCGAUGUUAAUACAAGGAACCACUGUUAUCGUUAAGAAUGGAGCUACAGAGUCACGUACGACGGUAGAGAUGGAUGGUUCGACGACGAGCAUCACGCCGUGGGGACACAAUCUACAAAUGGAAGUUGUUCCCUAUACAAUUUUGGCCGAACAGAGUCCACUAUUAGGCGAAAGUUACCCAGUGCCAGCCAGACAGCGCACAGAAAUUGCCGGAGAUCUUGCCAAUCGCUUCGAAUGGCGCUACUUCGUGCGACGUCAACAGCCUUUACAACAGGGUAAGCAAAAUAAGGGCACCCCUCGUCCAGUCACUGAAGUUGGACGCAAGCUGCGCGUCAAUGGGGACAACGUGCUCACGCUGGAAUACGAUCGUGAGACACAAUCGGUGGUGGUCAUGGUUGAUGACAAGCAGGAGCUUCUCAAUGUAACUUACGAUCGCACCUCGCGUCCUGUUAGCUUCCGCCCGCAGUCGGGUGACUAUGCCGAUGUUGAUCUGGAGUACGAUCGGUUUGGACGCUUGGUCAGUUGGAAGUGGGGAGUAUUACAAGAAGCCUAUACCUUCGACCGCAACGGGCGCUUGAAUGAGAUCAAGUAUGGCGAUGGGUCAUCGAUGGUUUACACUUUUAAGGACAUGUUUGGUUCACUGCCGCUUAAGGUGACCACGCCCCGACGAUCAGAUUACCUUCUGCAAUAUGAUGAUGCUGGCGCUCUACAAAGUUUGACAACUCCAAGAGGUCAUAUCCACUCCUUCUCGCUGCAGACGUCACUUGGCUUCUUUAAGUAUCAGUACUAUUCGCCUAUCAAUCGACAUCCAUUUGAAAUCCUUUAUAAUGAUGAAGGACAGAUUCUGGCCAAAAUACAUCCCCAUCAGUCUGGCAAAGUGGCAUUUGUACAUGACGCUGCAGGACGACUGGAAACCAUUUUGGCUGGGCUUUCGAGCACCCAUUACACUUAUCAGGAGGCGACAAGUCUGGUGAAGUCCAUUGAAGUGCAGGAACCCGGCUUCGAGCUGCGCCGCGAACUAAAGUAUCACGCAGGCAUUCUCAAGGAUGAAAAGUUGAGAUUUGGAUCAAAGAACUCACUGGCACCGGCCCACUACAAGUACGCCUAUGAUGGCAAUGCUCGGCUGAGCGGUAUUGAGAUGGCAAUUGAUGACAAGGAGCUACCUACCACUCGCUACAAGUACAGCCAGAAUCUGGGCCAGCUUGAAGUAGUGCAGGAUCUGAAGAUUACCCGCAACGCCUUUAAUCGAACCGUAAUUCAAGACUCAGCCAAACAAUUCUUUACCAUAGUUGACUACGAUCAACAUGGGCGUGUUAAGAGCGUUUUAAUGAACAUCAAAAGCUUCGACGUAUUCCGCUUGGAGCUCGACUACGAUCUGCGCAAUCGUAUUAAGUCUCAAAAGACAACCUUCGGCAGGUCAACGGCCUUUGACAAGAUUAACUACAAUGCGGAUGGACAUGUCAUUGAAGUUCUAGGCACCAACAACUGGAAGUAUCUGUACGAUGAGAAUGGCAACACCGUGGGCAUUGUCGAUCAGGGCGAGAAAAUAAACCUUGGCUACGAUAUCGGCGACAGAGUCAUUAAGGUGGGAGACGUCGAGUUCAACAACUACGACGCAAGGGGCUUUGUGGUUCGACGAGGCGAGCAGAAAUAUAGAUACAAUAACCGAGGUCAACUGAUCCACGCUUUCGAACGCGACCGUUUUCAGAGCUGGUAUUACUACGAUGACCGCAGUCGCCUUGUAGCUUGGCAUGACAGCAAGGGCAACGUGACGCAGUACUACUAUGCGAACCCCAAGACACCGAAGCUGGUCACUCACGUGCAUUUCCCCAAACUGGGAAAGACCAUGAAGUUCUAUUACGACGAUCGCGAUAUGCUGAUUGCACUGGAGAAUGCCGAACUGCGUUACUAUGUGGCAACUGAUCAAAAUGGUUCGCCCCUGGCCUUCUUCGAUAUGAACGGAGGCAUUGUGAAGGAGGUGAAGCGCACGCCAUUUGGUCGCACUAUUAAGGACACCAAGCCCGACUUCUUUGUGCCCAUUGAUUUCCAUGGUGGACUCAUUGAUCCGCACACCAAACUGAUCUACACUGAACAGCGACAAUACGAUCCAACGGUGGGUCAAUGGAUGACACCACUCUGGGAGACGCUGGCCACCGAAAUGUCAAACCCCACUGAUGUGUUCAUCUAUCGUUACCACAACAACGACCCCAUCAACCGUAACAAGCCACAGAACUACAUGAUUGAUCUAGACGCCUGGCUGCAACUGUUCGGCUACGAACUCAACAACAUGCAGAGCAACAGAUACACCAAGCUGUCGCAAUAUAUCCCGCAAGCGACGAUUAAGUCGAAUACCCUUGCACCAGACUUUGGUGUUAUCUCCGGCUUGGAGUGCAUCGUCGAGAAGACCAACGAAAAGUUCAGCGACUUUGACUUUGCGCCCAAGCCGCUGCUCAAGAUGGAGCCCAAGAUGCGAAAUCUGCUGCCCCGUGUGAGCUAUCGCCGAGCCGUCUUCGGCGAAGGAGUUCUUCUAUCCAGAAUCGCAGGACGUGCCCUGGUCAGCGUGGUGGACGGCUCCAAUAGCGUCGUUCAGGAUGUGGUUAGCUCCGUAUUUAACAACUCCUACUUCUUGGAUCUGCACUUCAGCAUACACGACCAAGAUGUCUUCUACUUUGUCAAGGACAACGUUCUGAAGCUGCGGGACGACAACGAAGAGCUGCGUCGCCUUGGCGGCAUGUUCAACAUAUCAACGCACGAAAUUAGCGAUCAUGGUGGCAGCGCUGCAAAGGAGUUGCGACUUCAUGGACCCGAAGCUGUCGUUAUAAUCAAGUAUGGUGUGGAUCCCGAGCAAGAACGACAUCGCAUACUCAAGCAUGCCCACAAGCGAGCAGUAGAGCGUGCCUGGGAGUUGGAAAAGCAACUGGUAGCAGCUGGUUUUCAGGGCCGUGGCGACUGGACAGAGGAGGAGAAAGAGGAACUUAUACAGCAUGGAGACGUCGACGGCUGGAUCGGCAUUGAUAUUCAUAGCAUACACAAGUACCCACAACUGGCAGAUGAUCCUGGCAAUGUAGCCUUCCAACGCGAUGCCAAGCGCAAACGACGCAAGACUGGCAGCAGCCAUCACGCCAGCUCCAAUCGACGACAGCAGAAAUAUGGGGAACUGACCGCGUGAGUGGAGGAGGACCCAGAGAACGAAGCGAGCGAUGAAGCCAUAGAGGAGUACGACGGGCCAGAGGACUAUUUGAUAGCUGUGGGCAAAGCCACCCAUAAGACGAAGACGGAUCCAGCCGUUGAGCAGUUUUUGUAAUUACCUAGGUGAAAUGCAACAGCGAUAAGAAAUAUAAGCGAUAAGCGAUAAACGUUAAGCGAUAAACGAUAACCAUUAAGCACAAUACACAACAAAAACAUGACACAAUACAAUUUAACUCAUUAAUACAGACUCUAAUCGAGUUUAAAAUUGAAAAUAUUAUUAGCCAGGCGAGCCCGAAGUAUAGAACAGAUAAACCAGCAAUCCACGUAAAUCUUUAUAAAUGUAUGUAUGUUGAUGUUGAGUUUAAGAUAACAUAAAUAGGGAUAAUAUGUGUUUAGUCCACGUGCAACAUUCUAUGUACUAUACUUUAUUGGUAACUGAUGCUCGCGUGAAAAGCGAUCAGAAUUCCGCUUCGGAAAUAUAGAUUUGUAUAAAGAAACGUGAAGCGAAAUCACACUGUAGGAUUCCUUGAUGAAAGACGUUUUGCUUGGUAACGUAUUAAGGCCCAGGUAAAGCCAGCUUUUUUGUUCAGUCUACAGAAGUCUAAUUAGCCAGUUGCAUUCGAUAUCAGACAAGUAUUACACGACCGAAAACGAAACAAAUUAUGCAUACUCGAAUAAGUAAUAAUAUAUAUGUAAAAAGUUAAGCGCCCCCGAUCAAAGAGGAAAGGGGAUAACAUAAACAAAUACAGAUAAAACUGCAAUACUCCCUAGCCCUAUCCCCGUACUACUUGUAUAUGGUAAGACGAACCUAAAAGCCGCUUCGUUUCCAUAAACUGCUUUGUAUAUUGUACAUACACAUACAUUAUAUAUAAACUACUAUAAUACUUAAAUAUGCUUUAACACUCAGCGCGCCAUUUUGAUUAUUUGUAUAACCCUAUUUUAGACCUGCGUAACACCAGCUUACGUAGUCCCUUUGACUCAUGAGUUAAGCAAGUGCUCGAAUUUACUCAAACGCAUAAACUUAAGUUUGACAGCCAAAAAUCAAAAACUAAUUUUCGGGCCUGCCUCUUCGGGUCCCGCCUAACCAAUGAAAUAAAAUACUGACACACUCGAAUUCCUACACACAUAUAAUAUGUAUAAUCUCCUUUUCACUGUUUAAACUCAUUUCGAAGGCAAAAUGCAUUAAAAAAAAACUUUUUACAAAUUGUGAUAUAUUUCUUAACAUUUCGUUUCACAACUUGAAAUGUUGCAAAUGAAGCCGAACGUUUAAAACAGCAAAGUACUUUACUCAUUCGUGUUUUUUACAUAGUCUAUUAAGAUUUUAGUUUUUUAAAAUGCAAUAUUUAAUUUAAAACGUUUUGCCAUGUUAAUUUGUAGAAUUUGUAGAAGCGAUGCAGUUCAUAAUGCCUAUAAUCCAAUGCUAGUUUAAGAACAAUCCUGGGGAUUCGUAUCCUUUUAUGCAUUUUUUUUAAACCAUAAUCUAUAAAACACCAAUAAUUUCUGUCUUUCAACUGUUGCUUUGCUAAGUGCUUUUUUUUAUAAUUAUUAUUAUUCAGAUUAUUAAACUAUUUAUAUCUGAAACUAAACUAUUGACUAUUGAGGUAUAAAUAAUCUAGCAAUAAAAGUAAGAAAGGAUACUUAAUCUUAAUACUCAUCCACAUAUAUGAAAUACACAUUGUAAUAUAUACACACAUACACACACACGCAGACACACACAGACACAGACACUCAUACACACACACACACACAAACAUACACUCAACUACACAUCGUUGACUAAGGAUUAGGCUAAAGAUGAACGAAAUAUAGCACUAAAUAUACAUAAUGUAAAAGUGACAGCAAGGAGUUAAUCGUAAUAAAACGUAGGAAUUAGUUAAAGUGUUAGUAAUUUUAUUAAAUAAAAUUAUAUAUUUAGAAUGCAGAACACAUAACGAAAAAAGGAACAUGUAAGUGUAAGCAUCAAAAAUAUUAUAACAACAAUAAAAAGAAAUCGAAACUCAAAUAUAGUUAUAUUAUGUUAAGAUAAGUUCGCAUCAUUGUCUCAUGCGAAAUGAAAUGUUGUGUGUGAGGAAAACUAUAUUUUCAAGUUUUCCAAAAAUAACAAAAACAAAAAUAAAAACGAAAACAAAAACAAAAACAAACACUAUUUUACACAAAACGAAUUGUAUAAUAAAGAAAUGCAGCAAAACUUAUAUAAAUGUAUAUGUAGUUAAAUUAAGCAGCAUUAUAUUAACCAAAAACCAAAUGAAAAUUAUUGAAAUCAGCUAAAAAUAUAUUGUGACUGAGAAGGAAUAAAACUAUCUACGUCGUCUACUCAAUUGUGCUUAAAUCUACUUAGUAUCUUUUGUUCAUCACAAGGAGUUGUAAAUUUUCCGAAAAUACGAAACAAAGAGGCAACAUUACAUAAAUAUGUAUUACAAUUCGUUGAGCUCAUGUUUAUGUAUUGGCAUGGACACAACUUAUAGAGCAGAGAAACGUUGAUAGAGCAGAAUGAUAACCCUUUGAUAAUAAAUAAAUUAUGAAGAAAACUUGUAUUAAAUGUACGAAAUUGUCUCCAACUAACGUUGCGCCGCUCUUGCGGUGAAUUGUCAUGCAAAUUGAAGUAAAGAUACUCGUAAGCAAAGCAGAUAUCAACAUAACACAUAACAAACACACAUUUAUGGCAACCCGGCAUAUAUGAUACAACCAUAUAUAUCUAAUAGUAUAAUGAAUAAAA